AACAUGAAGAUUGCAGCCUUCAAUGUCAAGCAGCUGGGAUGGAGAAAGGUCAACAAUCCAGUUGUGCGGAAGAAUCUUAUCAAGAUUGUGUCGCGGUACAGUAUCGUGGUAAUGUUGGAGGUGGUGGAUCAGAGUGGUAGGGCCAUGAUAAAGUUCUGCAAUGAACUCAACAAACAUAGAAUGAACAGAUGUAAUCCCUUCGCCAUGAGGUGCAGUGAAUCUCUGGGACGCGGCACCUACAGAGAGAAGUUUGUCUACUUCUACAGAGAGGACGAUGUGACGCUGAUUGACUCCUACCAGUACAGAGAGGAAGAAGAAGAAGAAGAAGAAGCAGAAGAAGAAGUAGAAGAACAAGAAGAAGAGGAAGAUGAUGAUGAUUAUGAUCAAGAAGAUGAAGACGAAGAAGAAGAAGAAGAAGAUGAUGAUGAUGAUGAUGAUGAUGAUGAUGAUCAAGAAGAAAAGGAAGAAGAAGAAGAAGUGGAUGUGCUUGCUAGAGAGCCUUUCUGUGUACAGUUCGAGUGUCAUCAUACAGUUUUGCAGCAUCUGGUGCUGAUCCCUGUUCACACUAAACCAGAAGACACAGAGAUUGAGCUGGAUGCUCUGCUUGAUGUGGUCCAAGAUGUGAGGCGAAGAUGGAGAACUAAUAACAUUAUGAUUUUGGGGGACUUUAAUGCAGAUGGACAGUACCUCUCAAGGAGAGGGAUGCAAAGAGUUCAGAUACGCUAUCCUCCCUACUAUUGGCUGAUAGGUGAUGAUGAGGACACCACAACCAGUGACUCUAAUGACCACACCUAUGACAGGAUUGUGGUUUAUGGAGGUCACAUGUAUAACUCUGUUGUGCCCAACUCAGCUAAACCUUUCAACUUCCAGAGGGCUUACCGCCUGUCGAGAGCCACUACUAGAGCCAUCAGUGACCACUACCCUGUGGAGGUGGAGCUCCAAAAGAAAUGAACUUCUAACAGGAUAUCAGAAGAAGAAAGAUGAUCCGAAGGCAUCAACAAUAUCCACAUUAACGCAAUAUAAACACAGGUGCAUGGCAUGCUAUCAUAUUUAACAUAACUGCUUGUUUACUCAUAAUGCUUAUGGCUCUCGCUUCAUGUUAUCUCAAAUAAACAAA